GGACACGUCAAGGACAUUCAAUUUGAUCAGAUUUUGGUGGGAAAACCAGAGACAUCGCAUGAUUGAUUGAUGCUGUUUUUUGUUGGCUACUCAAGAUGACUAAUUUAGAACGUCUAACAUACAAUGAUCCUAUCAAAUAUUCGAAAAUUGAUAUAGAUUAUUGCAGACAAUUGCUUUCACAAGCAGAGCAAAUGGAACAGCUGUUACGAGUGCAAGAGAAUUCAACUGCGGUAAAUAGAUUAAAAGACUCCAUAUUAGAUUGGUGUCCUGAUAUAUCACUCGGAAAAGAACUCAAUACAAAACCUAAUACCCAUCUUUCAACUUCUUUCAAAAAUCAGUACUCCAAAGACCUUGUAAGGGAAACAAAAGGAUUGACGGAUAGCCAAGGACAGAAGCGAGACAUUGAGAACGGUGGAAAGGAUUCCAUAUUCAGUGACAUUACAGAUAUAGAAACUUGUGACGUAAUUUGUCAAGAAGCAAUAUCUGCACUGGAACAAAACGAAAGAGAGAAGCAACAGCUACUCUGUGAAAUACAAGAAGAAAGGAAGAAAUAUUGGAACGAAAGAAAACAGCUCCAAGCAGAGAUUGAACAACUACAGAAAGAAAGAGAGAACGCGAAGAAGAGUCAAGACGAGUGUAAGACCGAAGUAGAGACACUAAGGGAAAGAUUGGUCGCUCUCCAUCAAGAGCUGGAGGAGAAAAGACUACCGAGCUAUGAGCAAUUGCGCAAAGAACUGGAGAAAGUGAUGGGACUUUACAAAGAUCAAAACGAAACUUUACAGCAAAUUCGAGAAGAAAAAGCCAAGCUCUUGCAAGAACUUGAAGAAACAGAGGCUUCUAGAGUGGCAUUACGAAUGAAACUGAGCAACACCGAAAGUGAUUUGCAACUUUUAGAAAAGAGCAAAACUCGGGUUGAUAGUGAAUAUGAAAAACUUCAAACCCAACUUGUCGAGCUUGAAAAACAAAGAAGGAAGCUUUUAAUGGAAACAGAAACUACUUCAAACCAGGAGAUUGACUCCUUACGGAGAAAACUAAAAGCCCAGGCGAAUGAAAAGAUGGAACUUAUACAGCAGCUGGAAUCUGUAAGAGAGGAAUAUCAGGAAAUAAAAAUUUGUAUCACUCAAGAAUACGAACAAAUGAAAUCAACGAAUGCUGAAUUGGCGCAGCAACACAAUCUAACACUAAAACAGUUGGAAGAGAUGAGGAAUGAAUGCAAUCAGUUGCUUCAGGAAAAUAAAAACUUACACAAAAAGAAUGAAGAAUUAAUGUAUCGAUGUAAAGUUUCAGAAGAACAGCUUAGUCAAUUGGAGGAGUUGCAAAAUACGAAAAGGAAUGCAGGAUAUGAGGAAGGCAACUUGAAUGGUAUAAAAAGAGAUAUUAGGAAGAAGUGCUUUGAAAAGGAAUCCGAAGCAAUGGAAAGAGAGCGACAACUUUUUAUAAGAGAUGUAUUCGCACUGAAAAGAGCAAAAGAUGAACUUGUGGCACAAUUGCAACAAGUAACAUCGUCAAAUUUGAGAAAUGAGAAUACACAAGAAAGCGGCAAGUGCAACAUUUCAGCUUUUCAAAAGUCGCACUAUUGUUUGGAGGAUAUCCUACCUGGCUCCUCCAUAUUAACAAAAGCUUCUGAGCCAAGUAAAAUUUGGACACAAAAGGUUAAACUUAUGUCGCACAAUAUGAAAGGAAAUAGAAUAAGAGCCAAUAUACAAAAGGCGUUUAAACAUACAUUCCAACAAGAUAAAAGCAACAGGAAGGAAAUGAAGGGAGUAGUAAACCAAGAGGCAAGUACAUAGCUUUGAGUUUCUGUAUGUGAUUAUAAUAAUU